UCGGAAGGAAACAUGACCUGCUGCGCAGUCUGUGAGGUUAGUCGAGAGGGUCGAGAGCGUGGAGAGGUUCGCGAGUGGACGUUUACCAGCCAGCGGGGGAACGCAACUUAAUUGCGUUUUCGACUUGGUACCUCUAAAUUAUGUUCGGUAAUCUUCCGUGGCUGUCUGGUAAGACGAUUCAAAGGGUUCGCCGAGCCAUGGAGGAAUGGCGAAGCAAAGGACUUUUAUUCAUAUAUAUCUAGAUAUAUUGGCUUCCUGUCAUGCCAUUGCCCCGAAGACAUUGUCCUCUCGUCUAGUCUACCUCAUGGUUUACGUCACAGCUGUUAUCAUGACGACGUCAUAUGCGGCCACCUUUAUCUCGUUCCUUGCUGUUCGGAGAUACAAGCUACCCUUUGAAGAUUUCGAGGGCCUCCUAAAAGACGGAAGUUACCGCCUCGGAUUAAACCGUGCAACUGGACAUCUGCAUCUCUUUCAGGACUCAGACGAUCCUCUGAUGAGGCAAAUUUAUACGGAUCUAAUCGAACCAGAAGUACGUUCUAAUGCUUUACCUCAGACUGAUCUGGAAGGCUUGCGGAAGCUAUGUGACGAGUCCAAAUAUAGCUUCCUUACAUUGGACACUUCACUGAAAGGAUUAGAAAAGGAAAUACCCUGUAAUAUUGUGGCUAUUCCACGCGCCUUCCAUACCACGACUCUGUCUAUGCUCAUCAGCAAGUCAAGCAGCUACAGAACUCUCUUCACUGACCACAUGCAAGAGAUCAGAAGGACGGGACUUGUAAAACGAUCUGUGGACAGAACGUGGCCAACGAAGCCAAAUGAGUUGCUGCAGGAGCCUGCAAUUGUCGUAUCGUCGGACCUUUUAGUUCUUCUGGCAAGUGGCAUAACUGCUGCUCUUCUGCUGUUAACAUUAGAGCUCGGGUGGAGAAGGAUGAGCAGUGGCUUUCUGUCUUAACCAUUAAACUUGAAAUGAGCACA